AUGACUUCCCGUGUCACAGUUCAACAGGUUAUGGGCCGCACUUCGGCUUAUAUUAAUCUUACUUCCUCUGAAAAACUCACUCCUCUCAACUAUCAUGUCUGGGCUACUAAGAUCCUUUUGGGUCUUCGUGCAAUGAAUAAUGGUGUCCAUCUUUAUGUCGAAGCUGGUACUGUCAAUCCAGCUGCUAAUGAAUCCCUCGAAGACCUCACCGCCUCGCUUGACACCGUCGUCCAUGAUGUUAUCCUCAACAAUAUUUCUCCUGAGUUGAUCGAACAUGUUAAUGAUGUGGCCAUUAGAGGCCGUGACCUCUGGCUUUAUCUUCAUCAGGAGUAUAGUCAACUUCAACCCGCCGAUGUCAUCUCACUUAUGAAAUCCCUCUAUGCUGGCAAUAUUGAUGUUGGUCCAAAGUUUGUUUCUUCUGUUCGUUCUUAUGUUGCUACAUGGCGUUCCAUCUACCAAUCAUUGUCGCCUGAUUCGGUUGUGGCCUUCAACGCUUUGGCCUCAAUGGGUCCCAAUUGUGAGCGCUUCAUCCAGUACGCCUUGGAGCACCGCUUUGAUAGUAACAAUGCUGACAACCUUGAUAUCAACAACUUCAUCCGGAACACUGAUAAAUGGGCCAAGUUGUUGAAGAUUACUGGACCCCAGCUACUCUUUCGACUGAAGCGUUCGCGUGGUCAUACUUCCAACAAUUGUCAUGUCUCUUGGGAAGAGGUUCAGGCUGCUCGCCAAGAUAAUAAGGAUGACAAGGAAUCUAAAGAGGCUAAAACCUCAAGAGGUUGGUUUGCUGAGACUAUUGAUGAAUUUUCUGAGAUAGUUGAUGAUGAUCCAUUUGUGAGUUCCGCUUUUGUGUCCGAGACAUCUGUUGUUUCUGAAAAGUUUGGUAACAGUUGCUCCGAGUCGUUUGAUGAUUUGGAAUCCGAACUUUUUGAUUCUUCUGAGCCGUGUGUCGGCGAUGAAGAUUGUUUUGUUGGUCAAGUUUCUGAGCAUUGUUCAAACUCAGAACUUGAUAUUGAUUCAGUUGGUAAACCGUUUGUUGGUUCCACUGAUGAUUCUUGUUUUAUUUCUGAACCGUAUGUCGGUUCUACUGUUGUUUGUUUGGAGUCUGAACCGUGUGUCAGUUCAGCUCCUAUUUGUUUUGAUUCUGAAUCGUUGGUCGAUUCGGAUAUUGUUCCUUUUGAUUCUGAACCGUUGGUCGGUUCUUCUUUUAUUUCUUGUUCUGAUUCUAAACCGUUGGUCGGUUCUGAUGAUGAUAUUGUCUUACCUUCUUUUGAUUUUUUGGUGGAUUCAAUUACUGAACCUUCUCCACCUAAUGUUAAACCUAUUGUUACACCAAAAUCCCGUUUUUCCAUUCUUUUACUUAUCUUUUGUUACCAUCAUGUUGUUUUCCUUGAUUUUAAUUGUCGUCUGGCAUCCUUCUUCAAUCUUGGAUUUAAUCACAUUUGCAAUAACAUCUCAUAUUUUUCUUCUCUUCGUCCCACUUCGGCUACCAUUCGUGGUCUUGGUUCUGCUACUGCUGAGGGGGGUGGCGACAUUGUCGUUGAUCUUCUUGGUAAAGAUGACCAGCCUUGUGACCGCGUUGUUCUUCGAGAUGUUUUAUAUGUUCCUAAGAUUCCUCGCAAUUUAUUUGCUGCUCGUCGAGCUACUGCUGGUGGUUGUCGGUUCAUUCAAGACCUUAACCAUAUUUCUGCUGUUGAAAAUGGCAAAACUCGAGUCCACGCCAUUGCCAUGGGUGACUUGUACUUUUGUCGUUUCCGAGUUGUUUUGCCUUCCAAGCCUGUCCAUGAGGUGUUUGCUGUUGAGUCGUCUGCCAAUCUUUGGCACAAGCGACUUGGUCACGCCAGUGUGGACGUUCUCAAGAAAUUAUCUAAGUCACUUUCUGUCAAGCCUACUCAUUUUGAGGUUGUGGAUAGUCAUAAGUGUGACGCUUGUUUGGGUGGCAAAGCCACAGCAUUGCCAUUUAAUGCCAAGUCUAUGCUUUUAUAUGCUCAUGCUCCUGAGUAUUUAUGGGGUGAAGCUGUCAAGUCUGCUAAUUAUAUUAGGAACCGUCUUCCUAGUCGUACCACUGGUGGUGUUGCACCUCUUCAACUUUGGACUGGUAAACCUCCUAGUUAUCACCAUAUGAAAGUAUUUGGUUGUCAAGCUACAGUUGUUCUUCCUGGUGCUAAAAGAGAAUCUAAGUUAAGUUCAAAUACUGAAGCUGGUGUUUUUGUUGGGUAUUCUUUGGAUCGUACAGCUUAUCGAGUUCUUCUUGAUUCAAGCAUUGUUGAAGCCAGGAGUGUUUACUUUGAUGAGUCCAAGUUUCCAUUUAUGAAAAGUGAUAAAGACUUGUCUAUUAAUGGUACUGGUGUUGGGUUUAGUGUUGGUUCUGGUUCAGGGUCCAUGUCAGGGCCUUGUUUUGAUUCUAAGGGGACUGGUUUAGGAUCUAAUGUUAGGGUUAAUUCUAUUGCUAGUUCUGAUUCAAGUUCUGGUUCUAGUUUUGGGUCUCAUAGAUCUUUACCAGCAUCCUCAUCUGGUUCUGGUUCUGGUUCUAUUUGUGCUUUACCGUCUCCGUCUCCGUCUUCUUCUCCGUCUCAUUCUCCGUCGCCACCUCCUCCUUCUUCUUCUUCUAUUAUUGUUCAUAAGCCUCGUUCUGUUCGUCGCAUUUUGUCUACACCUUCUGCUCCUCUUGAGUCUCCUACUCUUCCUACUCUUCCUUCUAUUCCUUCUGUUCCAUCUCUUCCUAGUUCUCCUAUUCUUCCACCUUCAGAUCAUGAUGUCUCUAUCUCUCCUGACUCAAGUCCUAUUGUUUCUUCUUCGGAAUAUAUUCCUUCACAAUUAGACUUAUCUGAAGCUGGUCCAUCUAUUAAUGAAUCUAAUAUUUCAGGUGAUUCUGGGAUCUCGCAACGAGGGGGUGAUAUUGGGUUUCAACCGUCUAUCAUUGCUUCGUCUCCCACUCCACCUUCUGUUGAGUUGGAAGUAGUGCCACUUAGUCAAGAAUCUCCUUCGUCUGAUCUAGUUAAUUCUCUUGACCAAGCUGGUGUUAGUGUUGUCACUAAGGAUGAUACUCAAGCUGUUUUGCCUAAAUCUCGAUCUCGUGUUGUUGCUGUUCGUUUACCUUCUAUAACUCCUGCCAAACGCCCGAGUUCUGAUGACAUUGUUUCACCUCCUUCUAAACAUCUUUGUGAAAAUUCUUUGAAACAAUCUCCAGUGUCUGCAACACCUGCAAAACGUCCAGCUGAAGAAGAGUGUAUUUCUUAUCGUCGUCUCAAAUCUCUCCGCUUUGAGUAUGAUGAUGUGGCUUUACUUGUUUUUACAGAUCCUAGUAGUUUUGAAGAAGCUAUGUCUAGUGAAGAAGCUGAGUUUUGGCUUGAAGCCUGUGUUAUUGAAAUGUCGUCUCUUAAACGCAAUGGUACUUGGGAAUUGGUUGAUCUCCCACCUGGUCGCAAGGCUAUCAAUAGCAAAUGGGUGUUUAAAGUUAAGCGCAAAGCUGACGGUUCAAUUGAACGUUACAAAGCUCGUCUCGUGUGUAUUGGAUUUUCGCAAGUUGAAGGUAUUGAUUAUACUGAAACUUUUGCUCCUGUUGUUCGUUACGAGACUGUGAGGAUUGUUCUUGCUAUUGCUGCUCAGUUUGGGUUCCAGGUUCAUCAUAUGGAUGUCGAGACUGCAUUUCUUAAUGGUGAUCUCAAAGAAGAUAUUUAUAUGAGACAACCUAAAGGCUUUGUUGUCAAAGGUCAGGAAUCUAAAGUGUGUCAUUUGAAGAAGUCUUUAUAUGGUUUAAAGCAAGCUCCUUUGUGUUGGAAUGAGAAGAUUCAUGGUGCUCUUGUCAAACUUGGGUUUAUUCGUAAUGAAAGUGACUACGGUGUGUAUACCAAAGGAUCUGGGUCUACCAUGGUUAUUAUUGCACUGUAUGUUGAUGAUUUACUUAUUUCUGGCAAUUCUUCUGAGGUCAUUGCCAAAACCAAGUCUUCUUUGUCAUCUAUGUUUAAGAUGAAAGACUUGGGCCCAGUCGAGCAGUUCCUUGGCAUGAGAGUUAAGCAGUCACCGUACCAUAUUACUAACUGUUCAAGUGUCAAGACUCCUUUACCCACUCGUGAUCUUUCUGAUUUUUCCGAGUCUGACUCUGCUACCGAUGCCUCCAUGUAUCGCAGUAUUAUUGGUAAGCUGAUUUAUGCUGCUAAUUGUGCUCGUCCUGAUCUUGCUGUUGCUGUUAGCUUUCUUUGUCGAUAUAUGCAGAAUCCUAAGUCUAUUCAUAUGGAAGCUGCUAAGCAUACUCUUCGUUAUCUUAAGGGUACUGCUGAACUUGGUCUUGAAUAUCGAGCUCAGAAAGUCUACAAGCUUGUUGGCUAUAGUGAUGCCGAUUAUGCACAGGACAAGCAGGACCGUAAGUCCUUUACUGGUCCUGCAUCGUCCAGCGUCGAGUCUGAGUAUAUGUCAUUGUCUGAUGCGUCUAAGGAAUGCUUCUGGAUUAAUCAGUUGUUGUCCCUUUGCAAGAUUCCUGUUCCGUUGCCAGUGACUAUGUUUGAGGACAAUCAGGGAUGUAUUGCAUUGGCUCAGAACCCAGUGUUUCAUCGUCGCACCAAGCAUAUUGAUGUUCGUUAUCAUGUUGUGCGUCACUAUAUUCGCAGUGGAGUGAUUCAUCUGGAGUAUCUUGAUACUCAAGUGAUGUUGGCAGAUAUGUUCACUAAGAAUCUUGGUCGUGUGAAGUUUGAGACAUUGAGGGGACUACUUGGUAUGAAGGCAGUAGGUGAUUCUGCGACAAGGGGAGGUGUUGAGCAUGCAAUGUUGUCGCAGACUAGUGCAGUUGAUAAUGCACGUGAGUUUGGGUGGGAAACUAUGGUUGAUAACCUAUGUUUAUUUUAG